AUGAUGAAAUUCAAACAAACGCUAGUACGAAAAUCCAAAAUAACCAGCGCAAAGGGAUUCGCUUCACCGUCAAAACCUGGCAAACGACCUUCCUUGGAAGUCAAAUCCUCUUCAGGCCAAACAAAGACGAACAAUAACGACGACGGUGAUGACUCUGAGUUUGAGCCUGGUGACGAGCAUUUUGGUUCAUUUGGAGAUAUGCAGGACGGGAAUGGGGACUAUGGGGGGAGUGGGGGAAACAAUGACAGUGAUAUUGAAGAAGUAUCCUUAGAGGAUCUCGACAGUGACGAAGAUUCUGAAUUUUCAGAACGAACAGUCGAUGAAGAAGAGUAUGAAUUGUACAUGAACACUGCCGACAUUCAUAAAAUACCAGACUUUGAAGAGUGGAGAAACAGUGAACAUUUUCCGCAGCAUUUAUUCGACAGCGACGAUGAAUAUGAUGAAAUUACAGUGGACAGUGUGGAACUUCAUGAAAGUCUAAAAGAUGGAGGUCUAGUCGUCGAUUGGACUGGUGCCAGAAUAACUCUUGAUACAUACACUAAGGAUGCAAAAGAGGAGAAGAAGAAAAAGAGAAAAAAGAAAAAGACUACCAAGAUCAAGGUCAAGAAAAGCAAGAAAUCGAAAUCUGAAAAGAAGAAGAAACGGAAAAAUGAAAAGCGUAAUAAUAAGUUGGAAAAAGCCAACAGUUCCUCUGCUGGAUCCAAGGAAAGUUCCGGCCAGUCGGAAAAAUCCAACAGGAAGUCGUUGAAAGAAAAACUGGCGAAGGAAAGCGUAAAAAAGGUAUACAACGGUGAGGAUUCUAGCAGGGAUUCCAGCCUUCUUUCGCUUGGAACGAAGACCAUGGCUGUAAGGAAGCAGAGCCCAAAGAGGAGCUCAUCUAAAGCGUCUUUGAAUGGAAGUAAUGACUCGCUUACCAUCCAAGAUUUGGAUGGUCUGAAUACUCCCACUUCAAGUCCUGUUGGUGCCAGGGCUACAAGAAAACGACUCAGCUCUAAGAAAUCUCCUGGAAAACCCAGUCGACGGCGAUCUUCGUCCAAGCCUUCAUCAACAGAUGAGUCGAUAUCACCACGGGGAAAAGAAUCGGUAGGUCAUUCCACUGAUGACACGGACUCCCUGAACAAUUCGUCUGGGGACAUUCCCGGAUCGAAAUGCAAAUCCUGUGAUUCGUCAGAAUUUGAGAGUCCGAGACUGCGCAAAGGAACUAGGAAAUCCUUUGCAGCAGGAAAUACAGACAGCAUCCCUAAAUCUCCUGGCUCUUCUCGGUCUCCACACAUACGAGCUUCGCCGCUUGGAAGAAGGGGUGGUCGAAGAUCCUCGUCCAAGCCCAACAUUUGGGCAGAGAGUAUGGCUACUCUAAACAAACCAGAGUUAGGGAAGAGCUUUUCGACCGGCACUGACGAUGGGACGAUUCAACGACGAUCGAAUAGUCGGAGAUCUAUUCAGAGUCCUAAGAGGCGACGAUCGUCCGUAGAAAAUCCUGGAGCCGAUUCUCCCAUUCCGAGGAGAUCCAACAGUUGCACCAAUGGAGCCAAUUCUCCCAUUCCAAGACGGUCCAAUAGUAGCGUCAGUGGAGCCAAUGCUCCCAUUCCAAGGAGGUCGAGUAGCAGACGAAUUUCAAAAAAUUCCAAACGGCAGGAUAUGGAUAGCUCGGGGCAUACCACCGCGAGCAACAACAAGCAAAAAUCGAAAUCGGCAAAGCUAUUGUCGAUGGAACGGAUGGCCCGAGAAGGCGCAGAGCAGUACACCAGUAGUGCUCUAGAAAAAAGAAAGGGGAGCCAUGCGGCAUUACGUGAAAAGCUUGCGAAGGCCGGAACAGAUGAAUCAACUCAUCCAAUCAAGGAUAAGUACUGUGAAGGUGCUGGUGACAUGAAGCAAAAACGAUCGUCUUCGUUGGAUGCCUUGAAGAAAAGAAGAGACCAGGCUGAUGACAGUAGCGUAGGUUCAACCUCAGCGGGGUGGCAGGAUGAAAAGGUAACAAAGAGACUGUCGUUAUCAGCCGGUGUCGCUCCUACAAGUCGGCGGCGACUCCGAGUUGGCAGCAAGAGAAAUGUCACGGAGUUACUACCCCGGGAAGCAUCGUCUGGAAGUCUUGUCUCAUUGGAUAUUCCGAAAGGGUCGUUUGAUCCUUUUAGUGUCGCAGAUGAUAUUCGGAAUGGAAGUAGGUCGAUUGAUGUUAGUGAUCGAACGCUUGACAACAGUAUGCUUGGUGGCAGUUCGCUCAAGCUCGUCCCCUCGAAACGCGACAGCCUGGCAUCAUCUAAUCAUGGGAAUGGGCCUAUUUCACUAAUGGGUCCACGGAAAUCGCCUUCGGGACGCAAUGGAAGUAGGUCGAUUGAUGUUAGUGAUCGAACGCUUGAUAACAGCACACUUGGUAGCAGUUCGCAGAAGCAGCUCGUCAAGAGACCCUCGAAACGCGAUAGCCUUGCAUCAUCUAAUCAUGGGAAGGGACCUAUUUCACUAAUGAGUCCACGAAAAUCGCCUUCGGGACGCAAGAAAGCACAACCACCACGUCGCAGAAGCAGCGGAUUGCCACGGAACUCAGGGCACAGUGCGAAUGGACCAACCCUCUCGAGAACGGACGCCGGGAUCAGCUCCAAGGAUAUCACUUGGUAA